ACCCAAAAAGGUCUUAAACGUAGAGCAGAGGGAGAGAGAGAGAGAUGAUUACUCGGAAACAACUGAGGAAGCACCACCUCCUCUCUCUUUCACGAGUUGGGUUUUUCUUCUCCACCUGGUUUAAGCCUCCACUUCCCUACCAUGAUGAUCCCAUCCUCACAACCAUCUCCGAAGCCAUUAAGAACACUCCAACAAAGAAUCUUGAUUCCUCCCUCAAGAGGCUUAUCCCUACUCUCACAGCUUGCCAUGUUAUCGAUCUGAUCACCCACAACCCAUUCUCUCUCCACCCACCUUCUCUCCUCUCCUUCUUCAGAUGGGUUUCUUCGCAACAGGGUUUUCGCCAUACCAUCCAAUCUUACUGCACCAUGGCCCAUUUCCUCUGCACCCACCAAAUGCUAUCAGAAGCUGAAUCGCUCCUUCAUUUUGUCAUCUCUCGGAAGGGAAAGGACUCAGCUUCCUCUAUCUUUGCCACAAUUCUUGAAACCACAGGUACCCAUCAUCCAAAUUCGAUAUUUAAUGCUCUGAUGAAUGCGUAUACAAAUUCUGGUUUCGUCUCGGAUGCAAUUCAGUGUUUCAGAUUGGUUAGAAAGCAUGGGUUUCGAAUCCCGUUUCAUGCUUGCGGCAAUCUUCUGGAUCACAUGAUGAAGACGAAUUCACCGGCCGCUGCUUGGGCUUUCUACUCAGAAAUUUUGGGCUGUGGAUUUCCGCCGAAUAUCUAUACGUUCAACAUUUUGAUGCAUAAAUUCUGCAAAGAGGGUAAGUUGAAGGAAGCCCAGUUGAUCUUCCAUGAAAUUAGUAAGAGGGGUUUGGUUCCAAGUGUCGUUAGUUUCAAUACUUUGAUCAAUGGUUACUGCAAGUCGGGGAAUUUGGAGGAAGGAUUUAGGUUGAAGAACAUUAUGUCGGAAGCAAAUAUCCUUCCAGAUGUUUUCACCUACAGUGUUUUGAUUAAUGGGUUGUGCAAAGAGAGUAAAUUGGAAGAAGCACAUCAACUAUUCAAUGAAAUGUGCCAGAGAGGGUUGGUUCCAAAUGAUGUUACUUUCACUACUUUGAUUGAUGGACAGUGCAAGAAUGGGAGAAUCAAUGUGGCCAUGGAAAUUUAUCAGCAAAUGUUGAGGAAAGGAGUGAAGCCUGAUCUAAUUACCUAUAACACACUCAUUAAUGGCUUAUGCAAGGUUGGUGAUUUGAGGGAAGCAAGAAGGCUUGUGCAAGAGAUUUCAAUUAAGGGUUUGAAACCUGACAAGAUCACAUACACUACUCUCAUUGAUGGCUGUUGCAAGGAGGGUGAUUUAGAAUCGGCUAUGGAUAUAAGAAAGGGAAUGAUUGGCCAAGGUAUUAAGCUUGAUAAUGUGGCUUAUACAGCACUUAUUUCAGGACUUUGUAGAGAAGGGCGAUUUGUUGAUGCAGAGAGGACAUUGAAGGAGAUGUUAGGAGCAGGUUUGAUACCAGAUGAUGCUACUUAUACAAUGGUGAUUGAUGGGUUCUGUAAGAUGGGAGACGUGAAGAUGGGUUUUAAGUUGCUCAAGGAGAUGCAGAGUACCGCCCGUGCACCAGGUGUUGUAACCUACAAUGUACUUAUGAAUGGCCUCUGCAAGCAGGGGCAGAUGAAAAAUGCUAAAAUGCUUUUGGAUGCAAUGCUUAAUUUAGGGGUGGCUCCUGAUGAUAUCACUUACAACAUUCUCUUGGAAGGACAUUGCAAACAUGGAGACUCAGAAGACAAUGAUAAACUACGCAGUGAGAAGGGUUUGAUCUCUGAUUUUGCAGCUUAUAAUUCACUAAUUAGGGAUAUAAGUAAAGAUGCCAAGAAUCGCCAAAAGAGAUGAUUGAUUUAUGUUUAACAUUCAUGCUUUAUUGGGUAGCAUGGCUGUGAGUGAUCAAAAUAUCGCAGAUUAAGGUUGUGUUUGAUAUGCAUUC